UGUUGGAGGUGCAGGGUACGCUUGUUAGCCCUUGCUUGGCUCUUCCUCCUCCAUUUUGCUCCUUGCUUCGUCGUGACGCUUGUGUAGAUGGCCCGGCAUCCCGUCCUUCAUGCAAAACCAGUAUCCAAGCACCUGGAUCUCCCAGACAGUGUAUAAGAACUGGACGGCAGGAGCUACACCUCGAAAUCCUCCCGAUCUACCAUAUGAAUCUUCAUCCCAUCGAUUAAGGCACCCUGUUGAUUUAUUGCUCGCUCUCAACCAUCCCGUCGACGCCUCAUCCAGCUACUUGAGAACAAGAAGCGAUCACACCAACAGAGACAACAUCGCCCAGGAAUCUAAAUACCCUCAACAUGGCACUCUCAGCCGCCGAACACCAAGCUAGACGACGACGCUCGACAGCCGCCCCAAGGCGUCGCAUAGCCUCAGACCCAUCCAUCACACCUAUCCCAAGACGCCCAAGGCUUCUCAGCAACCUCCCAAGUCACCGCAGAACGUCUACACCUCCGGCAAGAAGCCAGACAUCCAGCCCCAUCCAAUCAUCUACAACCGAAUCCAGUCCACCCACGCCAACCGUCACCUUGUCCCCCUUUCCAAGAUCAACUCUUCCCAGACCGUACCAUGACUUUUACCACUUCUUCCAAGCCAUGUGCCCUGCCCUGCGAACCCGGAUACUUGGACAAGUCGACUGGGACUCUCUACAUGGAGGACAGCAUUGGCGCAGUCAGGGCUACCAGCCAUGGAACGCAUCCGACUCCUGCAAGACGGCCUUUAUCAUCCACGCAGAAGGAAAGUCCACCAAGGUCUGCGGGUGGCCGGAGAAGGAAGAGAGCAAAGGCAGGAGAGAAAGCAGGAAGAACUUCACAACAAUGGAAAAGUCCCAGGAGUCCGGUACUACAGCUUCGCCAAAGGGGUACGGAUGCUACCGCUGCCACACGAUCAAGCCCGAAGCCGCCUUUGAGAAGUUGCCCGACUACUUUGUCGUGUCAUCUGCCGGGUGUAUCGUCGGGCGGUACGCAGGCAAGGCCGACGGUGAUAAGGAGCAGUCGAGGCUCCCGACGCUGCGGAGCGGGGAGGGUCUCUUGCGACGCUUCUGUAUUGAGUGCGGCGUCAGGGACGGGCUGUAUGAGAAGAGGAAGCUCAUUACGUCGUUGACGGAGGAGAGGUGGUCUGUCUGCGACUGUCGGCGUCUGCACUGGGUGCCGUCGAAUGCAUCGUACAUUGAGUGCGAGCACUGUCUCGUCAAGAGUGCUUUCAGACCGCCAGUGUGAUGCUUAGGUAUUGAUGUGCUUGCUAAGAUGUUGCCGAGAGCUAAGGAUGCUUGUCUAACUAGCUU